AUGGAUCUCUUGACGAGGUCAAACAAGCCAACGCCGGAGGCUGCCGAGAGCGACGAAGAGCAGCUUCAGCCGCAGCCGUUCGUGCCGCCUCCGGGUCCUGUCGAGCAGCCACAGUGGCCCCAAAAGAAGAAGACUGCACAAUUCCAGCCUUCGACCUACUACCAACAGCCGUAUAGCCAGCCGUACGACGCCCCAUACGAGAUGCCGUACUAUCCUGAAUACCAUCAGCAACAGCAGCGCCAGUGGCAGGUGCAGCAACACGAGCUGACGUACCAACAGAAACGCGGUAUCAAGCAGAACGGUCGCUUCGAGACGAUCCCUGAAGGGCCGGUGGAGAGACAUGCCCGUCUAACUCGCCUAGCUUCCACUGUUGUAUCCUCCGUGUAG